ACUCAGGAAUAAGAAAGAGCCCUGAUUUGUUAGUGCAUGAAAUUGAAGACGCUAUGUCUACAGAUCUCAAUGAUUACACCAUCAUCAAGGAAGGAGAAGCUCAGAUACUUAUGCAUGCUAAAAAUGAAGUCUUUUACAACAAAACCCAGGUUAACAACAGAGACAUGUCCAUUGCCGUCCUGAGGACAUUUAUAUCAAGGCGAAAACAGGAAUACGAGACAUUAUUGUCUAAAAGAAACAAAUCAGUGGCAAAGGUGUCUGAGAAGAAUGGUUCUAUAUCUCAUGUUGAAGAUAAAGCAGAUGAAUCUGGCUUGAAUACUGAAAUAUCGAAUGAAGGAAAUGAUGUGCCUGAAGAGAAAUCUCAAGAAGAACCAUGCAGUACAUCAGAAGAACCAGAUAAGACAGGGGGAAAAGUUCGUAGGGAGCUCAAACCACCAAAAGUUCUAGAGGCCUUAUCUGCAUCUGGGUUAAGGGCUCUGAGAUAUGCUCGGGAAGUAGAUGGGAUCGGUCAAGUUAUUGCUCUAGACAAUGAUAAAGGGGCAGUUGAAGCUUGCCAGCGAAAUAUAAAGUUCAAUGGUUCUGUAGCAUGUUCGAAAGUGGAGUCACAUCUUGCUGAUGCUCGUGUCUACAUGCUUACCCACCCAAAAGAAUUUGAUGUGGUUGAUCUUGAUCCUUAUGGUUCACCCUCUGUGUUCCUGGACUCUGCAGUUCAAUCGGUUAUUGAUGGGGGCUUGCUGAUGUGUACUGCUACUGAUAUGGCAGUCCUCUGUGGGGGUAAUGGGGAGGUUUGCUAUUCAAAAUAUGGAUCAUACCCAUUGAGAGGGAAAUACUGCCACGAAAUGGCUUUGAGGAUCCUCCUAGCAUGCAUUGAGAGUCACGCGAACCGCUACAAACGUUAUAUUGUUCCCGUGCUAUCUGUCCAGAUGGAUUUUUAUGUCCGUGUUUUCGUUCGUGUGUACAGUUCAGCAAGUGCGAUGAAGAAUACUCCCCUUAAGCUCUCAUAUGUCUAUCAGUGUACUGGUUGUGAUUCUUUUCAUCUACAGCCUAUUGGGAGAACUGUUUCUAAGAAUACCAGUGUGAGGUAUCUCCCAGGUUUUGCACCUGUUGUCCCUCUAGAGUGUAGUGAUUGUGGGAAGAAAUUUAACAUGGGUGGGCCUAUAUGGUCUGCUUCCAUCCAUGAUCAAGAGUGGGUAGCCGCCAUACUAGCAGAUGUAAAGUCCAUAAAGGAACGUUAUCCAGCGUAUGAUCGCAUCUCUGCUGUAUUGACUACAAUUUCUGAGGAAUUGCAUGAUGUUCCUCUCUUUUUGAGUCUGCACAACCUCUGUUCUACGCUAAAAUGCACUUCCCCUUCUGCAGUUAUUUUCCGCUCUGCUGUGAUCAAUGCAGGUUAUCGUAUUUCUGGAACUCAUUUGAAUCCACUGGGGAUAAAAUCUGAUGCUCCCAUGGAUGUCAUUUGGGACAUAAUGCGCUGCUGGGUUAAAAGUCAUCCAGUGAAAGCUCAAUCUGCUGAUCAGCCUGGAAGUGUGAUACUUACCAAAGAACCGGUUCUUCAAGCGAAUUUUGCACGAGCUGUUGCGUCUCUGAGCAAGGCACAAGCAAAGAAGGUUGCCCGCUUCCUUCCGAAUCCUGAAAGACACUGGGGGCCAAAGCUUAGAGCAGGUCGCCAAAUCACCACCAAACAUGUAUCUCUUUUGGGUGAAGAUGCCGUAAACGGAUGUCUAAACCAUCAAGAUGGCGAGCGUGAUGCAAAACGACAAAAGAUAGAAAAGACAAAGGUUGGUGCCGCAAAUGGCGUAGCAUAAGCUCUGAUUUACCGCCUCUGAUGGUCUUUUGAGUUGGAAGCCACGGUUGGACCAUAAUCAGCUUUGCAGAAUCAGAUUUCUAUAUGGAAACUAUUUAGAAAUUUAAGCACGUUGCAUUUUUCAACAUUCAUUUGAUCGUAAUAUGAUUUGUCAAAUUGUUUAGUGCUGAUUGAUUUUAAGAAUUAUCAUAUGGUUUUUUUAUUUAAAAUGAAAACCCAUUGUUUCUUUCGGGA